CACACACUCACACCAAACACAUGCUCUCACACUGACACACACACUCAUAUACACACACUGGCAGGAGUCAAUCUGUCAGUCAAUACCUCAGGAUGUGUCCACAUGAACACACGUUUCAGCUGAUAAAACUGGAAGCCUUCAGUUCAAAGGAACAGUUAUUUUAACAACUGAGUCUCAUUUGCCACAUUACUGUUUUUAUCUCUGUGUAAAAACUGAAGUCUGUUGUUGUUCGCCUUGAAAACUCAAAGACAACAACUUCCAUACUUCCUGUCAACACAGCAAUGUCUUCGUCUCUGCCGCUGCCCUCUUUGCCUCCAAGCCCGCUGGCCAUGGAGUAUCUCAAUGACUUCGACCUGCUAAAGUUUGAAGUGAAGCCUGACACCCCUCCUCCGACCUGCCUAUACCCCAAACCAGGUGUCCAAGAGACGGCUGGUUCCCCGUAUGCUCCUCACCCUCCUCAUGACUCCAGCCUCAGCUCCAGUCCCUACACCUCCCUUCCUCCAUCACCCACUCUCAGUGACGGACACCCGCCGCCAUCUGCAUCCUCCUCUUCCUCCUCUCUCUCGUUCCCACUGUCCAUCUCCACUGGGUACAUGUCAGGCCAGAGCUCCGGAUCUCAAGGAAACCUGGACGGGAGCCCAGCGGCUGGAGGCCCCACGCCGUGUUCAAACCCCACCUCCUUGGAGGACCUGCUCUGGUUGGCUGCACUGCAGCAGCAGUUCGGUGGGGAGCCUGGAGGUGCCGCGUCUCUGCUGGGAGCACUUGGAGGAGUGCCGGAUCGAGGAGAUCGGGAUCGAGGAGGAUUUCUGGGAUGUGAAGAUGCAGUGGAGGCCCUGCUGAACUCUGCGGCAGCUGCUGUAACUUCACAGUUCCCAGUUUUGUCCCAGAGUUCGAGCAGCAGUCACAUGGGUGACUCUAGCAGUGACAGCGGUGUUGAUGUUGCUCUUAACAAACCGUCAGACAUGUGUCACCGGCCUAUACUGGUAGUUUCUUCCAACCCUCCAUCUCUCUCCAAUGUCAACACAUCCACCAGUCCCUUCUCACAACCCCUCAGUCCACAGAGCCGCCUCCAUCACCCACACCAUCCAAUGCAAGGCUAUUAUCAUCAUCAUCAUCAUCAUCAUCUGCAAGUCACUCAGUGUGGGAUGGAUGAGCGUUUUUCCGAUGAGCAGUUGGUAAAUCUGUCAGUGCGAGAGCUGAACAGACAUUUGCGUGGGGUAAGCAAAGAUGAGGUGGUCCGUUUGAAACAGAAAAGACGGACGCUGAAGAACCGCGGUUAUGCCCAGUCCUGCCGUUACAAACGACUCCAGCACCGGCACGCGCUUGAGUCCGAGAAGCACAUUCUCACACAGCAGCUGGAGCAGCUGCAGUGUGAGCUGUCUCGCGUGUUGAGAGAGCGAGACACAUACAAAGCUCGUUACGAGAAGCUCAUCAGUUCCAAAGAGACUCAGCCUUCCCAUCCCAACACCUCGCCUUCUCCUACUCCUCCGGACUACUUUUUGUGACAACAUUAGCAUUGUACAGAAGAGAGCUGAAGGAGAGCUGAUUAUUGUGAUGGGUGAAAGUAAUUCAAAAGAGCUGUGAAUACAACUCAACUUAAAAUAAGCUAUUAAACCAAAGCAGGUUGAUUGUGAGGUGGACCUGGAUUGUGACAUAAUGGCGCUUGUGUCGUGCUACUGCUGAUGGGAUUGCGUAUUUGCCCAUCGUUAGCUUGUGUAGCAGCAGCAUGAUUUCAUUAGCAUUCAUAGCUAAUCAGACACAGAAGGGUUCUAGCAUAUUUUGAGUUUUGGAUAGACACUGAAAUGUACAGAAUAAAAGUAAUGACAGCAUUUAAAAUGUAUUUUACGUAUUUAUAAUGAACACUCAGAGAAUCAUAAACUUUUGAAUUAAAGGCAUGGGGAUAGGUGGAUUUAUAAUAAAUAAGAUUUAUUAAAUAUGUUGGCUAUUUCUUAUUUUUUUAUUUAACACAUUAACCAAUUUUGAUAUUAUAUUGGUUUCGUUCUAUGAAUCAAUAAAUAAGUAAUAUUUUAUAUCUUUGAUGAUUCAGCCAUAAACUUAAA